AUGACCGCAGAUGCUAGUCCGGUACAUGUUCUCUACGCGACAGCGACGGGCACGGCUGAGGACGUCGCUCAAAGUCUCUCCGAGUCGCUCGCCGCCCGCGGUACUCUGAUCAAGAGCUGCACAACCGUUGAUGAAUACAACAUUGCAAGCCUACCCGUCCACUCAUCGCAAGGUCACCGUUUCAUUUUCAUAAUCGCGACAUGUGGCGAUGGGGAGGUGCCGCUUAGUAUGCGCAAAUUCUGGCAUUUUAUUAGGCGCGCAGAUCUUCCGGGCGGCAUACUAGCAGAGAUGCGAUUUGCCAUCUUCGGGCUUGGAGAUAGGGCGUACGUCAAGUUCAAUGCAGCGGCGAGAAAACUGCACUUAAGAUUGCAGGACCUAGGGGCAGCGCCUUUUGCGUCGCUUGCGCUUGGCGAUGACAGUGCGCAGGGUGGCUAUGACAAGGAGCUGAUGCCAUGGUUUGCAAGCGUUUGUCAGGCUGUCGUGCCAAAAUCUCAUACUAAUACCAAUUACACAGACAGAAGAGGGGAGGUUAUCGAACCGCGUAUUUGCGUGCACCUAGUAGAUAAGGGAAAGGGAACGCUAAGUGGGUCAGCUGCCACAAACAUCUGGAAAAGUGGGCAGGCAGAACUCUCGGACUCAAUCGCAGUUGGCGAUCUACAUGAAUCUCAUGUGCUUAAAAACGAUAUUAUUACGGAUGCCGCAUUUCUAUCGGAUGACAAAGAGGUGCGUCACAUCGAACUGGACGUCUCUAAGGCACCUGCAAAGUCUGGCCUGCUAGAUUAUAUUCCAGGAGAUAUUGUGCAUGUCAUGCCGAGAAAUCGGGCGUCAGCAGUAGACGCGUUCUUCCAGCUGACAGGGUUUGACGAAAAUGCUGUUGUGCGAGUAGAACAGUCGCACACUAAAAAGCGAUUCGGCUCCUACACGCUAAACGUCCAGCAGCCGUGCGUACUAAGAGAGUUCGUGUCAGCCCAGCUCGACCUCAGUUGCAUGCCGCGGCGCCGUUUUUUCGAGAGAUUGGCCCCUUUUGCAGCGGACGCAAUGCAACAAGAGAAAUUGAUCGAGUUCGCGUCUGCAGAUGGAGCUGAUAUUCUGACGCAAUACGCCUACCGCGAAAAACGAACUAUCUUGAUGGUGUUGCGAGACUUUCCGUCUGCGAGACCUCCACUUGAUCAUCUAGUUGAUAUGAUUCCGGUGUUGAAGUCACGGGCUUUCUCAAUAGCAUCGUCGCAGCAAGCACAUGCGGGACAAAUUCAUAUUUGCGCUUCGAUCGUGCGUUACACAACGCCUCUGAAGUUUGCGCGUGUGGGGGUAUGCUCUUCUUUUUUUCUGAACUUGGGUGUCGGAGAUGUUGUCCCAAUAUUUUUGGAGAAGGGGACGUCGCUAAGAUUUAAGGAGUCUAAACCUAGUAUCAUGCUUGGUCCUGGCACUGGCGUCGCUCCGAUGCGCUCAUUUAUCAGCUCAAGUAAACCCAACGUUAAUGGAAAUACUCUAUUCUUUGGAUGUAGAUCGCGACGUGGCGACUUCCUCUACGAAAAAGAAUGGGAGCAAUACCAGGCUUCGGGUCAAUUUUCUUCCCUUGUGACAGCGUUUUCCAGGGAAAGAGCAGGCGCAAAAGUAUAUGUCCAGGACAAACUUCUAGAGGAAUGUGAAAAUAUUUGGACUCUGGUUGCUAAGAAAGAGGCGCACGUGUACGUUGCAGGGGCUGCAGGUGCUAUGCCAAAAAGUGUACGGCUAGCUUUGGUUGAGAUUUGUCAACGAUCAGGCGGACUAUCCGAGAUCGAAAGUAAUUCGUACGUUCGACAGAUGGAGGUUGAUGGACGAUUGCAAAUGGAGUGUUGGUGA